AUGUUAUUUAUACGGCAGCUUUCAGUUAUUCCUAAAGCGCCUGCUUUUGCUAAAUUUUUCCAUACCGCGGGACUGGUCCGCCAAAAGCUGUCGGACCCUAAUCACUUAGCAAUACUCUUGCAAAAGAACCUCGCUCAAAGAAACAGCUCUCUGUACAAUCCCGAACUAGAGACCAUACGAUGCACAAUAUUCGAUAGGCAUGGAAAUAUGCAGAAACCGUCCAUCGAUCUACGAAGAGAUGAGCUCAUACACACACAUGGACUCCUACCCCGAGACUUGCGAAAGGUUGAAAAAUCGAGGAGAAAUGACUUGGUUCCCAGUGUUCUUGUGCGUGAGAAUAGCAUUUUGGUUAGUAUAUUGAACAUUAGGGCUUUGGUAAAAUCAGACAUGUUAAUUCUUUUCGAUUCGAUGGGUAUAAAAUUGGAUUCGGUUUCUCAACAGAAUUUCAUUGCGGAUUUACAACUGAGAUUACAAAAUAGAAGCGGUUUUGAGGUACCAGAUGUUGUGAAUAAAGAUCCUUUGCCUUACGAGUUUAGAGCAGUAGAGUCCAUUUUUAUUUCGGCUAUAUCUAACCUUAACGCAGAGCUCAAGGUUCACCUGAAUGUUUCAACGGGUAUUUUGCAAGACUUAGAAUAUAGUAUUACUAGAGAUAAGCUACGGUAUCUUUUGAUUCAAAAUAAGAAACUUAGCGUCUUUCACAAAAAAUCUUUCUUGAUGAGAGAAAUGAUUGAAGAACUAUUAGAGCAAGAUGAUGUCUUGUGUGAAAUGUACUUGACUGAGAAACAAUUAGGGAAGCCUAGAGAAGAGCAUGAUCAUGCAGAAAUUGAAAUGCUUUUAGAAACUUAUUACAAUCAUGUCGAUGAAAUUGUUCAAACUGUAGGAAAUACAAUGUCCAAUAUCAAAACUACAGAAGAAAUAAUCAAUAUCAUUCUUGAUUCAAAUAGAAAUCAAUUGAUGUUACUUGGAUUGCGUUUCAGUAUUGGUUUACUCUCGUUAGCCGGUUCUAUUUUUAUUGCCUCAAUCUACGGUAUGAACUUAGAGAACUUUAUAGAGGAAGGUAACGUUGGAUUCCCCGUGGUAUCGACAUUGGGGGUUAUUCUAAUGGCAUAUCUGUUUGCAUUCUCCGUCAAACAUUUACACAAGUUGGAAAAGGUUCAGUUAAUGAGUCAUGGAAAAAGCUCUACGCUAAAAUAA